AUGGCCCAAUGUAUAAAGUGGAUUGACAAUAUCGUCAAAUUGCGUCAUAUCAAUUUAAUUCCCUUUGAAGAAUUUGAUUAUUAUGAAGAUGCCAAGGGAGAUGAUGAUAACAGAGUAAAUUAUUGGAAAAAAACAGGAAUAAAGGUCAUAUCAAAGAUCAUUCAAAAACAUUUGAUUGUAGAUGAUGAAAUGAAUAAAGUUUUUCUUCACGAGUUAAAAUUAUAUUCACAAAAGGAUUUUAAUGAGCGAAUCAUUCAGAUAUUUGGAAUUUCUCAAGAACCAAAGACGAAUAAUUUAUUAUUUGUGACACAAUAUGCCGACGGAGGAACCCUUUUAAAAAAAAAUAUUGCCAAAUUAUCUUGGGCUGAUAAAUUAGACAUAGCUUAUCAGAUUUCCGAAGGGGUAAAUUUUCUUCAUGUAAAUGGAAUAAUACAUGGUAAUUUGUAUCCUUGCAACAUAGUAUUUCACCAAAAUCAUGUAAAAUUAUCAAAUUUCGGCAUGAUUAAAUACCUCACAACCUCACCUACCUCCUUCGAUGCUUUAACUCGUGAUGAAUUCUCGAUUAACAACGUACCGUACAUUGAACCACAAUUAUUACUAGAUAAAUCUUAUAGAAAAGAUGCGCGUUCUGACAUUUAUAGUUUGGGGGUAAUAAUGUGGGAAAUAUCAAGCGGAAGAUCUCCUUACCAAGAUGAUCACAAUAAACGUCGUAAAUCAUCCAAUCGAAUGUCAGAACAAGAACUAUUAGAGUUGGCGAAUGAUGCGAUGACGGCAGAGCUGUGGCUUAGCAAAAUAGAAACGAAACCAAUUCCAACAAAAAUAACAAAAAUGGAAAAAACAGAUCAUGAUAGGAAAUCGUUGAAAAUAUCUACUGAAGGUCUAAGUAUUUCACAAGUAGGAAAAGAAAUAAAAAAUACCAACACAACAGUAAUGACUAAUGAGCAAGAAAUAAAUAAGGAACAAAGCACUUUAAAGAAAUCAUGGAAGAAAAAAGUAAAGAAUAGAGCAAAAAAUCUUGUUAGAAGAUUAUCCGGAAGUGAUAAACUGUUUAGGAGAUCUUCCGGUAGAUCAAAUUUGUUGAGUGAAGAAGAAAUUAUAAAUGAUAAAAAUAAUGAAGAAGUAGGGGCUAAUUGGACAGUUGUAUUUGCAGAUAAAGAAAUUGAAAGUCCAAUAACACCAAAAUCCGAAAAUAAUUUAAGAGGAUUCUUUAGUCUUGGAAGAAGUUAUUCGGAUAAUUCUUUGAGAAUAUCCACAAAAACAGUAGAAUCAGACAGAUUUCCAUACAGUGAAUAUUGUAGAGUGUUAUUCGCAUCUAAUAAUUGGACGAUUAAUUCUGCACCAUGUUUUGCAGCAUAUCAUGUAAGACAAGGUGACAUAGAUGGACUAAGAUGGCAUGUUAAUGUACAGAAAGAGAAUGUUAAUAAGAUUCAACAAGUGACAGGUCCAAGAAAUAGACCAUUAGAAUCAUUGAUGAUAGAAACAACACAAUAUUGUCCGGGUGAAAAAAUAAUGGAAACAUUUAAGGCGUUACAAUCAUUAAAAGCAACAUGUGAUUGUACGAAUUCGUAUACAGGAGGAUCACCAAUAAAUUAUUUAGGAGAGAAUAAAUCAUUAUUUUCAUUAGAAACGAAUUCACAACAUUUUAAAGAAUCAUUAAUAUAUUUAAUGUCAAAUGGAUGUUCAAUUAAUUCGAAAAGAAACAGCGGAGACACGCUAUUAUUAACAUUAUUAUUUAAAUGGCAUAAAGAAAUGGCACCAAAUGUAAUAAAAUUUUGUUUGGAAAAUGGAGCAAAUCCCAAUCUUAGGAAUAGAAUUGGUGGUAACUCUCUGGGCUAUACUUUAACACAGGUUCGGUUUAAUUAUAAUAAUGGACCUUUUGAAAAGAUUUACAAGAUCUUGAAAUUAUUGGUUAGUUAUGGUGCUGAUGUGAAUAAACAAAUCACCAUACCUGGAAAAAAAUUACCAAAUUUAUUAUUCGUUUGUGUUGAUAUGGGAAUUAAUAUGAAGGAAGAAUGGGUUAAAAAAUUAAUUAAAAUGGCAUUUGAUUUAACUGAUGAUCAAAAAGAAAAGGAAUUAAUUAAAAGUGGUGAAGCACUUAAUGUUUUGGGUUAUGCUGCUAAAUUAUCUCAAUUAGAUACGAUCAAAGUGUUGUUGGAUAGAAUUUAUUCUUUAAGUUCACCCGAAAGCAUCAAGGAAGCUUUAAAUGUAACUGGUAGAGAAGAGGUUGAACAAAGAAAAUUUUUAAAAAGUUGGCUGAAGGAAAGUGGUAAAGAAAAGAGAGAGAUGGUAUACAAACGUUUCUUGAAAGAGAACAAUAAUGGUACUACAAAUAUCGAUAAAAUUCCAACGGAAAUUUUGCGAGAAGUUUUUUCAAUAUUAUAUAACGAUGGAAUAAACACUGAUCGCGCAGAAACUUUGGAAGAUUUAUACUCUUGCACACUUGUUAGUAAAUAUUGGAGUGCAAAUUCCACACCAAUAUUAUGGUCAAAUAUCAUCCCAUCACAGGGGAUCAUUACAACUUAUAUGGCUUUUUUUACGGAUAAAGAAAGAAAAUUAUUGGAAAAAUCCGGAAUCUCAUUUAAUCAUGUUGACGAAAGAAAAUCCGCAACUUUUUGUUAUCCUUCUUUCUUGAAAUCAAUAAGCAUGCAAGAAUUAUCCCAAGCAAUAUUUUUAUGGUGUCGUAAUAAUUGCCCUCAACCAAUUUCAAAACAAUAUAAUUUAUUAUUAAGAGGGAUCCUAAACAUCUUUGCAAAACAUUGCGUUACCCUUUACCAACUUGAUUUGGAUAAAAGAUCUUUAUUGGAUAAUCUACAUCAUGAGUUAUGGAUUUUGUUACAGGAACCGAAUUAUCAAUCUUUUAUUUCAAAUAUUAAACAACUUUCUUUGGAUGUAAGGAAAUUAGUCAAUGUUGAGUGCUUGGAAUUAUUAUGUCAAACCUGUCAAAGAUUGGUUUUUGAUAUGACACUAGAUGAAACAUACUGGUCUUCUGAUCAAAAACUAGCAGAAAUCAUAAAAUCUCAGAAAGAAUUAAAAACCUUUUAUUUGAGAAGAGGAAAGAUUACACAGACUAUAAUUUCGGCACUGGAAUAUCACGCCAAAUCGUUAAAAAUGUUACAUUUUCGUAGAGUCGAUUUUAAAAAGUGUAAAUCAUUACGAUCAAUAUUUAAGGAAUCUAAUCAAUUAGAAGUAUUAAUUGUACAUGGAUGCAAAAAUCUAAGCGAAAAUAUUCGUAAAGAAUUGAUGAAUAUCACUUCGUUUCCUAAAUUGGUUGAAGUGGAUUGCGAAGGUUUAGUGACUUGGAAUACUGUUAUCAAAAGGCAUGAAUAUCAGAAUAUUCAAGUGGUUUGA